AUGAAUUACGAUCAUGAAGUCGAUAAUGAAAACCCAUCAUGUUCAGUCGAUUCCCCUGAUAACGAUCAGGAAACAUGGAAUUUAGAACCACGAAAUUUAUACGACCCGUCAUGUUCACUCGAUUCCGCUAGUGAACGUAAAACAUACGUUUUCAAGGGAAGUUCAUUCGAUUCGUUUAAUACUGACCCUCAAGCUUCGCUUGAUGAAAUUAUGAAAAACCCCCCUUAUGAACUUACCUUACAACAAGAGGAGCUGCUUGCUCCACGCAAGCAAAAAAAGAAAACACGUAAAGCGCCUCGCGCGCAAAAUAAAUUCAUUUUAUUUCGGAAAGAUUAUACUGCCCGCGUGAGAAGGAAGGAACCCAGGAGGGCAAAGUCAAUGAAAACGCAAGAGUUUUCAAAGGAAGCGAGUGAAAAAUGGGAGGAACAGUCGACAGAAGUGAAACGAUUUUUUACUAUUUUGGCUGAAGUCGCAACUGAAAGGCACAAAAUGAUGUAUCCAGAAUACAAAUAUGAGCCCGAAAAAAAAAAGGAUAAACAAGUGGCUUUUAACGAUGAAUUUGAGGAAUUUAUUGAUUAUAGCCAAUGCGAAAAUCCAUAA